CCCCUCCUGCCCCCGGACCAUGGAUGGCUCCUUUGUCCAGCACAGCGUCCGCGUCCUGCAGGAGCUGAACAAGCAGCGGGAGAAGGGCCAGUACUGCGAUGCUACCCUGGACGUGGGCGGCCUGGUGUUCAAAGCCCACUGGAGCGUCCUGGCUUGCUGCAGCUGCUUCUUCCAGGGCUUGUACGGAGACGGAGCCUCCAGCAGCAUCAUCCUCCCCGAGAGCUUUGCCGAGAUCUUUGAGCUCCUGCUGGACUUCUUCUACACCGGACACCUCGCGCUUACCUCGGAGAACCGGGAGAAGGUGCUAGCCGCUGCCAGGGAGCUCUGUGUCCCUGAAGCGGUGGAAUUGUGCCAGAGCUUCAAGCCAAAAUGCUUUGAUGGCAGUGAUCUAAAUAACCGCUGCCUCCGUGAGACAGCUCCUAGGGAAGAGCUCAAUGGUCACUUAAAGCAGCCACCAGACUCUGAUGGAGAACAGGCUGUCAAAGCAGUGUCUAAAUGUAAUGCUGCUAGCGAUGCCAGCCCCAGCAGCUGCACGAGGAGAGCCAAGCUAGCCCAGGGACCAAGUGGGAACCCACCUCUUCUUAGGGAAAGGCUUAAAAGGGCUGUUAAAACGACUGCAUUGAGCAAUUCAGGUGAAGUAAAGGAACGUAAAGAACUAAAAAGGCCACCUAAAAGAGGAGGCACCGAAGACAGAGGCAUCAGCAAUGAGGUGUGGGAAAUGCAGGUUGUACAAGUCUCUGAUGAGGUAGCAGCAGAAGAUUAUGGAGGAGCUCAUGAGGAAAGAGGUGAAGAUUACAUUCCUGAGAAAAAGACCUUGAGGACCAAAAAGAAAUCCAAUUUGGCAAAAAAGCCUAGCAGUUCGGAGCCUGCAGGGAAUGCUGGGCUGCUAGAGGCUGGGAGUCCUGGGAACAGAAAAGGUACAGCUGUGCCGGUUGAAUGCCCCACAUGUCAUAAAACCUUCCUCAGCAAAUAUUAUCUAAAAGUGCACAACAGGAAACACACCGGAGAGAAGCCAUUUGAAUGUUCCAAGUGUGGUAAAUGUUAUUUUCGGAAGGAGAAUCUGCUGGAGCAUGAAGCUAGGAACUGUCUGAACCGUUCGGAGCAGGUUUUCACCUGUUCGGUCUGCCAGGAGGUAUUUAAGAGGCGAAUGGAAUUACGGCUGCACAUGGUGUCGCACACUGGGGAAAUGCCUUACAAGUGUUCCUCCUGUGUCCAGCAGUUCAUGCAAAAGAAGGAUCUUCAAAGCCAUAUGAUAAAGCUACAUGGUGCUCCCAAACCCCAUGCGUGCUCUGCCUGCUCCAAGUGCUUCCUGUCUCGAACGGAGCUGCGCCUGCACGAGGCAUUCAAGCACCGCGGAGAGAAGCUGUUCGUCUGUGAGGAGUGUGGGCACAGGGCGUCGAGUCGCAAUGGCUUACAGAUGCACAUCAAGGCUAAACACAGGAACGAGCGUCCAUAUGUGUGCGAGUUCUGCCAUCACGCCUUCACCCAGAAAGCCAACCUCAACAUGCACCUCCGCACGCACACGGGCGAGAAACCUUUCCAGUGCCACCUCUGUGGGAAGACAUUUAGGACUCAAGCGAGUCUGGAUAAGCACAACCGUACACACACUGGUGAACGCCCGUUCAGCUGUGAGUUCUGCGAUCAGAGGUUCACGGAGAAAGGGCCCCUACUGAGGCACAUUGCUAGCAGGCAUCAGGAAGGAAGACCACACUUCUGCCAGAUCUGUGCGAAAACUUUCAAAGCUGUUGAACAGUUGCGUGUCCACGUCCGCAGACAUAAAGGAGUGAGGAAGUUUGAAUGCACUGAAUGUGGUUACAAGUUCACCCGGCAGGCUCACUUGAGGCGCCACAUGGAGAUUCAUGACAGGGUUGAAAACUACAACCCCCGGCAGAGAAAGCUGCGGAACCUAAUCAUCGAGGAUGAAAAAUCUGUGGUGGUAGCACUUCAGCCCCCUCAUGAAUUAGAAGUGGGGCCAGCAGAAGUCAUUGUGGAAUCCCUCUCACACAGCUCCCUGGCUGAAGAGAUUCCUGUACAGAGACUCUGUUCAAAUGAGACCUUCUCCAUGACAGAUGUUAUUGAACAAUCUCUUAUCAUUACUACUACGAUCCCUGAAGAUUGUGAAACAUAGCACGUGUGUGCUUGUACAUGCCUAUGCCUUUCCCUUCAAAGAAAUAAAAUGAAGCAUUAGGUUGGACUGUUGACAAGAGCUUGAUGUUUGUGUUUCAAAGCCACUUCUCAAACUCUGCUCCCGCCUAAAUCCUUGUGCCUAAUGUGAGAACCUGACCUUACUCUCAGCCCACCCAGCUGGAAAGAUACAGCUUUUCACUAACUUGUCUAGAAAAAGUAAAGUUUGGUUUAAAGAAAGGUCUAUCCCACCCCGCCUCUAUUACUCCAGCGCCGUGGCAGUACAGGUAAACCAUCCUCCUCCGAGGCAGCAGUUUGACAGUGACACUUCACUCUUUACAACAGUCAUACUCCUGGACCUAUCACAGCUUGGGUACCCUAGCUCUUGCUCUCCCAGGCAGCUGUGCGGCAGUCUGGCUUUACACAACCCCAUACCACGAACAGCAUUCUACAGUUAGCCAUUAGGAAAGAGCCUGAUAAAAUUGUUCUGUGACCCGAUUUUUGCUAGGGACACUCCAAAACUGGAUUGAGAUAGUUUUGAUAAUUUGUUGAGAGAUUUUAGAAGAGGUUUAAGUACCUGAAUCCCAUUGAAUUUUAAUGGGAGUUGGGCAACAAGCACCACUAAAAAUCCCAGCCCUAAUGCAGGAACAACUAACUGAUAAAGAGCAGAGCUAAUCAGUCUCUCCAAGAGUGAAGUUACUCCCUGCCCCUCAGCAAUGCAGAAGGACCUCCAGAAUGCUAAUUCCCUGGUUGCCUGCUAUGUGUGUUGAAUAGGACUGUGUAACCAUAUUCCAUGUAUGCUGUAUUGUUGGGGUCAGCAUGGUAGACACAAAGUAUGUGAGGCAGGAUUUAUUGGACUAACUUCUGUGGGAGAGAGAAAUAAACUAAUACAGAGCUCUUAGCAUAACUUCUUGGCCAUCUAACUUUUUAUCUAGCUUAGAAUCCUACACAGGCAAGUACUAUAGCUACAAGGUGCGAGAAUCAGCCUAGUAAAGGCACAUCUCUGCUGGCAGCGAGGUGCCACACCUAGUCCCUCUUCCCACCCUGCAGGGGUUUUACAUGGCUACUCUCACUUUGGACUGCUGGCAACCAGCACAGUUUAGGAGUGAUAAGGAGUUACGGAAGGGAGUGGGUCUGCCUCACAGUACAGCAGCUACAAGGUGCCAGUUUAGCUUAACAACCCUGAGAAAACAUCUUGGAUUACUCCAGAUAAGGUCACUUUGAGCUGUCCUGAUUAUCUCAGCUGUCCUUUCCCUCAUGUGGACACAUGUUCCGAGUGCGUUUAAAAGCACCAGCAUGUAACCUGUGGUGGCUGUAUGAUUUAACCUUUACAUGCUGGUGCUUUUAAACGCACUUGGAACAUGAGUCCACAUGAGAGAAAGGACAGCUGAGAUACUUAAGUUAUCUACUUCUAGUAAUACUGAGAUAUUCAUUCCAAUAAUAAAAGGAUGCAUAAAUGCACAGACACCUUAACGCUAGUUCUCAGCUGUUUAACAGUCAUGUAGAGGCUGAUGAGCAACUUUACAAUCUCUGUCUCGAUGGCUUGUAAGUGCCUAACAGUAACGUCAGCUUUUUACAUUGAGGACUGUCUGCACAGCUUAUGAAAAGCUGUGUGCGCUUAAGCACACCAAACAGUGGAUAACACUACAGCUGUUGACAAAGCACUUCCAUUUAAGAUGCAAGUUCUUAGGAUGAACUUCCUUAUAUACAACUGUGAAGCAUCAUUUCAAUAACUGAACUGCUUGAAUCCCUUGGUACUUUCACCAAAAUCUUUUGCAGACUGUGGCUGAAAGUUGCUUUGGCUCUGAAGUGGGUUUAUUUUAAGUUAUGUCAGUGCACAGAUCAGAAUUCAACCAAGUUAUUCUGGAGCAUUCCAUUAAUAGCUGAUCAGAUUCCAGAGUGGAGUACAGAUAAGAGAAUCAACCUUCUUCCAGGGUUAUUUCUUAGCUGACAAUGUACAGUACUUUGGCCCCUCAACUUCAUUUUCUGGUUAUCAUAGAGCCACUUAGAAUACUGACUCCAGUCACUUAAAGUGGGACCAUAUAUGGCAGCAAGGCAGUGUAAGUGUCUACAGUAUUAGCAGUACUCAAUCUGUGACAGCCAUGUGAGAGAGUUUAGUAGAAUACAUUUGUGAUAGGAAGGCAGGAAACAAAUGACAGUGGAACAAAAAUGGGAGUUGUUAUAACGGUAUACUUAAUAGUGACUAAAACAUAUUGAAAGAGAACUCUUAGAUCGUACUUCCUCUGUGGUUGAAGACAGACACCUCUUCAAUGUUUGCUCUUUGGAAAGUGACUAUUUUGACAAACAUGCAUCAUAAAGAGCUACCAUGGGUUAACCCUAUCAGACCUAGAACCCCUCUGCAGUCAUAGAACAAAAUGUUUGCAUUUAACAUGUUUUAUUUAGCUUGAUCAUUUCAAAUAAGUUUAAACACAAAAGUAUGAGAAUAAAAAUCUAAAAUUGUCAAAAUGUAAAAUGCCUUUGAUUCAUAGAUGAUAUUUAAACAGUAUUUAAAGCUUUGGACACAAUGAAAGUCUACAAAACGUUAUAAAUCUAAACCUAAAGUUACCUGGCUGGUUUUGGAACUUCAAGAUGACAUGGGUCCAGCAGACAGCACUACGGUAUGAGAAUGUUAUACAUAAAUAGGCUUUAAUAGUUCAGCAUAAAUACUUUACCAUUGUACUAUGCAAAUUAAGUUAUACUAAAUGACAACAUGUAGGCAGCAGCGCUCCAUAUCUUAAGAUGGACUUGAAUACAUGUCUUAAAUAACUUGCACCAUACACUCAUGUUUGCCACUCCCAUUACAAUAACUGCACAAGCUCUGUGGAAGAUUGACUGAUUUGAUGUUUCAAUUUAAUUUGGUGGGGACACACAUCACUCACUGGCAUAGUGCUCUAUAGCCACAAGUGAGGAAAUUGCAUCAAUUCACUCUUCAGAAGCAUCUGUGCAAGAAAACAGGCAAAAUGAGCCCUGUAUCUUGCUCAACAUAAGCAUGAGAACAAAGCACAGGUUGACUUAGAAAUAAGUAUGUAACAAACACAUUUAUAGAGCUGAAAACCUCAAAGAAGAAGUUAUCCCAUGAUCUUGCUCCCUCACCAACUGAACAAGAGCCAAGGGAGAGGGGAAUACAUAACAGACCUCCCCUUUCUUUGUAGGUUUCAUACUGGUUACUAUAACAUUUGUGAUACUAAAUAAAAGCCUGACAACCACAUGGUCCACUCAUUGGUUUUCCCAACUCCCAAGUAGGGAACUCCUUUUUUCAUUCUUUCCAGCUGAUAGCACUACUAAAGGUCAGACAGUGACACCCCCACUCAAUGCUCCUUUGCCUAAUGCAGAUGGAGGAAUG